UCAGAGUAGGUCACGAGUGGCUGCGGAGGUGUCGAGGGAACUCCAGCUGGCUUCUUCUUCAGUAUCCGACUCAACUCCUUCCUGAUUCCACGCUCCUCAGGAUGAGACUGAUCACGUGGGCUCUUGUGGUGAGCCUCUUGGCCUCCACCUUCGCCCAGGAUGUGGACCAAGGGCGUAGUUCCAGCUCGUCCACUGUGGUGCACCUGAUCACGUCACCGUUCAUGCCAGUGCAGAACCGGGCAGUCGUAGAGGAGAGACUGGGAGCCCUGGAGGACCUGAUCGCCUCAAACCAGAAGGAAGAUGGCGCCUCGACCCAGACGCAGGAGGUCGUGGAGGCCGUCGCGCAGGUGAUGGCCAACCUGACGCCGGAAGCGCCAUCGCCCGCCGAGCCGCAGCCGGGCGAGGGCGAGGUCCCAGCGGAGGCCAGCGAGGUCGAGGGGACCAUCGAGGCCAGCGAGGUCGACGCGCCGGGCACUCAGGCCCCCGCCGAGGCCGCGGAGGCUGAGCAGGGCGGCGACCCCGCCCCCCCCGCCGAGGAGACCCCAGAGCCGGCGCAGGGUGAGUGCCGCUGCCUUCUCGGGGAUUUUUGGCUAGGCCUAUCCAAGACCAAGAAGGAGAAGAAGGAAGUGAAGAAGUACAACCAGGCAAUGGAUUACGUCACCAGGAUGCUGAGUGAGAAGAUGAGGGCCCACAUGCCGUACCCACUCACACUCACUGUCGAUUCCUUGACCGACUUGGACUCGACUGACCCCGAGCCGGAACCCGAACCCCCGAGCACGGCCUCCGAGGGCGCCAGGAACACCAAGAGGGGGAAGAACAAGAACAAGAAGAACAAGAACAAGAGGAACAAGAAGAAGAACGGAGGAGCUGCACCGGUCGAUGACGAACUGGUAGAGGAAGAGACGCAGGUCGUAGAGGCAGAGAACAAUAACAAGAAGAACAAGAAUAAGACCGAGAGCGAAGAUGAGACCGAGGUCAGCGCGGGCGGCAAGAAGAAGAGGAAGAACAAUAACAAGGGCAACAAGAACAAGAAGAAGAACAAGAAGAACAAGAGGAAGAACAAGAAGAACAAGCGGAAGAACAACGGCGAGGACGACAGCCUGAGCCUGCGCGACGGCCGUGCCUUGGAGGACGAGGACGAGGACGAGGUCGAGGCCGAGGGCGAGGACGAGAGCCUGAGCCCGCGGGAGGACCGCGCCAUGGACGCCGACGACGCGGACGAGCAGGGCCGCAGGAAGGGCUCGGUCCCCCAGCGCAGGAGGACCAACAACCGCAACAACCGAGGCAAGAGCAACAAGGACAAGGGCAACAAGGGCAAGGGCAAGAAGAACAAGGACAACAAAAACAAGGGCAAGAAGAACAAGGACAAGAAGAACAAGGCGAAGGACGAUAAGAAGAAUAAGAGGAAUAACAAGAAUGGAAAGGACAACAAGAAGAAUAACAAGAACAAGAACAAGAAGAAGAACCGUAUGGGAAAUCUGUCUGAGCAACGAGCCUUCUCAGGGUCCGAGCAGGUCCUCCCUACUCAGGAGGAACGUCGGGCCAGCAACGCUCACCUCACCGGCAUGGAGAAUAUUCAGCGCGAUGGAGAUGUUGUCCUCGAUUCCUCCAGCAAGCAUCUCAACUUGGAUGUGAAGUUCGCCAUCGGGCCGGUGCAGGUGCAGCCCAAGGACAAGACGCGGCAACUCACCAAGGCCUCCGUCAGCACCUCUCUCGACGCCGAGGCUCGAUUCAGGGUGAAGACGGUCCGCGGCCGUGAAAAAAUGAAGUUGGUGAGCUUGACCGUCGACAGCCUGACCCCGGAAAUGGUUCAGAUAACCCGAAGUGAUUUGGACAUUGAAGAAACUCUCCUUUCGACCGCUCGCGAGACGGUGGUGAAUGCCAUCGACACGGCUCGCAUCGCAAACAUCCUCUCUGCGGAGCUGGAGAACAUCUUCCAGGAGGAGGACAUUGUCCAGAACUUCGACAGCCACCCGGCCCUCAAGUUCCAGUAGGAGCGCGCCAGGUCGGGAGAGUGAGAGACGCUGGAAUCAAGGUUUUCGUCUUGCCAUAGCGCUGCUGCACCUCAGUUGCCUAAAAAAAUGUCGGUGCUAUGGCAUUCAGAAUGAAAUUCACCGACGGAAACGGAAAGCCAGCUGUCUCUCCGCAACAGCCUCGUUCCCGCUGGCCAUGACACGACUCGCGUCCCCCCCCCCCCCCUCAACGCGCGAGGUCGAGUCGCUUCGCUGUCCGUUCGCGGAGAGCGGCGGGCGGGAGGCACGUCCGUCACUCACCUCGCCUCUCGCCCCGAAAAGAUGGUCAUCAUCAUAUGAGAACAGUUCACAUCUCGCCAUUUUUCUCUCAGGAUCUGCCUCCUUCCGCGCCUUUCCCUCGCCGCCUGCUGGAGCCUCCGGCGCCCUUUCGCUUAGCAAGAACUCGUGUCUUCUGAUCCUUCUGCCUUUUCCCAUUACUUGCCACACCCUGCAUCCUCGCCCCAUAUUUUGUAUAUAUAAUUUGUUUGUGUCUAUGGAGUUGUUUUUAUUUAUUGAUAUUUAUUCAAAAUCAAACGAGAGGCUUUUCAGUAAAGUCUUAGAUUUAUAAAAUAAAUCUACAAAACAGUU